AUGGCAGGUCAUUCACACAGGUCAUCAUUGAAGAAUGGACACAAAUCUUACAAAUCAAAACAUGCUUCUAAAGGUGCUUUGAAGAGAUUAUACAAGGGGAAAGUGGAGAAAGAACCCGUGGGCACUGGUAAACCAGACAAGCAGGUUUCAAAACUGCAACGUAGGAACAAGGCAAAACAAUUAAGGGCUCAAAAGAUCUUAGAUUCUAUUGAAAACAGGAAACUAUUCGAAGGCAAAAAUGGUGCUGCCAAAAUCAUUACUAUUGUUCCCUUAGUAAGCGAUUUGGAUCCAUUGGACAUCCUUUACAAGCUAUUGAAAUCUGCUGACGAUGAAGAAAUCAUGGUCCAGGAGGUAGAGUCGAAACGUAUAUUUAACGUUCAUAUCAAGAAGUUUAAAAGCAAUCUGAAAAUCAUCAUUCCAGACAUGACCAAUUUCUUAAAUAUCUUAGAUUGCGCUAAAGUGGCGGACUUUGUUGUGUUCGGGCUCAGUGGUGUGCAAGAGGUUGAUGAAGAAUUUGGUGAGCAGAUCAUCCGUGCAUUAGAACUGCAAGGUAUUGCUUCAUAUAUUGGUGUUAUAAGCAACCUUUCGACAGUUCAUGAAAAGGAAAAAUUCCAAUUGGACGUCAAACAAUCCCUAGAAAGCUACUUUAAGCACUUUUUCCCGAGUGAAGAACGUGUUUAUAACUUGGAAAAAAACUCAGACGCUCUAAACGUCUUGAGGACAUUAUGUCAGAAACUACCAAGAUCAAUUAACUGGAGAGAUAACAGGGGUUACGUCGUUGCUGACUCUGUUGAUUUCGUUGAAACAUCUCCCGAUUCCGGUGACUUAGUCGUUGAAGGUACCGUCCGCGGUAUUGGUUUUAACACCAAUAGAUUAGUUCAUAUACCUGAUUUUGGUGACUUCCAAAUGAGUAAGAUAGAAAAAAUCAGGGAAUCUAUGCAAAAAAGAAAAAUCAUGAAAGAAAAAGCUACCGAUAGUCUGAAUUUAGAGUUGGAUUUGCAAACAGUUUUCGAAAGUAAUAUGAAUAGGGACACUUUGGACGAAUACGCCCCAGAAGGCACGGAGGAUUGGUCAGAUUAUGACGAAGAUUUUGAGUACGACGGUUUGACUACAGCAAGAUACGACGACCAUGGGUAUUUGCCAGGAAGAGAACAAGCAUCGAAAAACGCAGCAGUUCCCAAGGGGACUUCUGAUUACCAAGCAAAAUGGUACUUGGAUGACGUUAUUGACGUAAACGACGAAGAAGAGGCAGAACAAGCCAAUGGAAAGGAUGAAGCAAUGAUGGAAAUUGAUGAUGAGACAAUGAUGGACCAAGAAAAUGAAGAGAUAGCAGACGACGAAGAAUACGAAAUAGAAGAUAAUGAGAAAUUUGAAGAACUUUCGCCUGAGGAAGAAGAGCGCCAACUGAGAGAAUUUAGAGAUAUGGAAAAGGAGGACAGAGAGUUCCCCGAUGAAAUUGAACUGGAACCCGGCGAAUCGGCCAUCGAACGUUUGAAAAGAUACAGAGGUCUGAAAAAUUUAUACAAUUGCGAUUGGCAAGUCGAUGAAAAGGACCCAACAUCACCAGCUGAAUGGAAACGUCUAUUAAGAAUCGGAAAUUACAAAAACACUAAAAACAGAAUCAUAAAGGAAACCAAGAAUGAGGCACAGGCCGUUGCAGGCGAUCGUGUUAGAAUGUUCAUCAAUUUUCCUAAAUUUCUGCUGGAAAAGAUCCAAGAUCCUAAACAACUAUUAUUUGCCGUUUAUGGAUUGCUGCUACAUGAACACAAAAAUGCAGUGGUUAACUUCUCGCUUCAAAGGUGGGAAGAAUAUGACAAACCUGUACCUUCUAAGGAGCCUAUCGUAGUACAAUACGGUGUUAGAAGAUACACUAUUCAACCACUAUUUUCUCAAGGCUCCAACAGCCCCAACAAUGUUCAUAAGUAUGAAAGAUUUCUGCACCCUGAUACAGUAUCGGUUGCUACAUGUAUUGCUCCUGUGGAUUUCACGCAAUCGCCUGCAAUAUUUUUUAAGUUAUCCCCAAUUGAUGCCAAAAAAAUUGAAUUGAUUGGCCACGGUACAUUCUUGAACGCAGACCAUUCAAGAAUCUUAGCGAAGAGAGCCAUUUUGACAGGUCAUCCAUUUAGAUUUCACAAAACCGUGGUCACCGUGCGUUACAUGUUUUUCAGACCAGAAGAUGUGGAAUGGUUCAAGUCUAUCCCACUGUUCACCAAAUCUGGUAGAUCAGGUUUCAUUAAAGAAAGCUUGGGUACGCACGGUUACUACAAAGCUACAUUUGACGGUAAACUAUCUGCACAGGAUGUUGUUGCUAUGUCUUUGUACAAGCGUAUGUGGCCCAUGCCUUCAUUGCCUUGGAACGGUAUGUAA